GAAGUGAAUUAUCUCCCCACCCCACUGGAGAAAUUUUGAGUUGACAAGAUGGCUUCUGCGUCGCUACAUGGCGACCGCAGCCAAGUAGUUUCUCGCGGAAAGAAACCUCCUUCUCCGCCCGUGCAAGGAACUAAAACACCAACACCAAGAAGCACUGAUACCAAGAAACGUCUGAACAGUUCAGAUGGCAGUUCAAAACGAUUCGUCUCCGCGGCAAAGGUUCCAACACCCGCUUGCAAGUCUGCAACGAGACAUCGUCCUUCAGAUGUCUUGAAUCCAAAGACUGUGGAUCCGUUUAAUGACAAGACGCCAAAGUCUUCUUUUGCUGCAAGUUAUACAAACGGUGGAGUACCGUGCAGGUGAGUCAUG